AUGGGCCAACUACCCGAUCUGACGGGCCUGCGCUCGACGGCGCCCCGGGGCGACGGGCCCGUGCACUGCAAGACGACUGUGGCAUGGUCAAAGGAGCAGCUCGACGCUGUCGCCAUUUCACUCAUUGGCCAUCGGGUCGACGAUGCGGGCCACUUUCUCUUUCUCGCAGCCUGCGCUAUCGUCGCGCACCACCUCUUUGCCCAAGGCGGAAGCGACGAGACUCCAAUCGAAAUUCGUGUUCCCGCCCGGCAGCGACGUGCCCAGACUCAUGACAGUGACGAUAACGAUGACCGCGAUGGAAAUAAUGACUGGAAUUACAACGAAGGACUCACGAUCCAUUACGGCGCCGUUACCGCACCGAAGACGCGCAUCGCCGGGAUCUGCUUCUACUUGGAUGAGAGACAAGGCCAGCUGGAGAUUGGACUCUCUGCUGCCCCGUCGAUCCACACAGAUGGGUCGGCAGCCAUGCACCUGCAGCAGAUCGCAGUCUGCCUCGACUCGAUCACGCGUGAGCGAGCACCGCAUCGGACAGCCCUCUCUCUCGACCGGUUCCCCGACGAGCUCCGCGGAGGCGACAAUCCCAACCCACCGCCCUCACUCAUCGCUCUGGGUCCCGGCGGCCUGGAAGGGGAGCGGUUCGAGCACCAGACGGAGCGCAUCGUCGCCAGCCAGCCCGAUGCUGUGGCCCUCGACUUUCGCGCCUCACUUACGGCGCGACCGGGAGACGCGAGCCAGGGAAAUGUCCAGCUGACCUACCGACAACUCGACGAGAGGGCGUCGCUCAUUGCCUACCAUCUUAUCCGCGCCGGUGUCAAGCGUGGCGAUGUCGUGGCGCUCUGCUUGGAAAAGAGUCCAGAGACCUACCUGGCCAUUUAUGCCGUCCUCAAGGCCGGUGCGGCAUGGUGCCCCAUCGACACCGACUGGCCCAUGGCUCGGAGGCAGGCGCUCCUCGAAAAGGCGAAGGCACGAACCGUCGUUGCCGCUGCGAGCCAUGUCGUUGCCAAUCUGCCUCAGCCUCUGCCCAACGGCAUGUCCAUCGUUCGACUGGACGAGAUUGACUACGACGCAGAGGUGGCGCACCUGGCAAGGGCCACUGGCUCCUCCGACGACCUCGCCUACCUCAUCUGGACCAGUGGCACGACGGGUCUUCCCAAGGCUGUGGGUAUCCAGCACAAAGCAGCCGUCCAGGCCCUGCGCUCGCUCCAGGGCGUCAUCCCGCACUCGGCCUCAUCUCCCAUUCGCUACCUCCAAUUCUCCGCAUACAAUUUUGAUUUGAUGAUCCUCGACAUGUUCUACACCUGGGGGUUGGGCGGCACUCUUUGCGCCAGCAGCAGAUCGCUGCUGCUUGGAGAUCUCGCCGGGGUGGCAACCACCAUGGAAGUGACCCACACGCUCCUGACGCCUGCCGUCAUGGCCAUGAACCCGCGGCAGACGAUCCCCUCGUUGCGCGUCGUCAUCAAUGGCGGCGAGAAGCUGAGCCAGAUCGUGGCCGACAUGUGGAGCGUCGACUGCACGCUUCUCAACCUCUAUGGCCCCGCCGAAGCGACACUGAUUGCCAUGCACCGCUGUGUGCCGCCAAACGACAUCGUCAAGGCGCCCAACAUCGGCGUCGCGCUGCCCACGACGUCGUGCCACGCGCUCGACUCCCACGGCGAUGUCGUGCUCAAGGGCGCAGUCGGCGAGCUGGUCCUGGGCGGCCACCAGUGCGCCAAGGGCUACAUCGGCGACGAGGCAAAGACGGCCGACAAGUUCGUCGAGCACCCUUCGCUCGGGAGGGUGUACAAGACGGGCGAUCUCGUGCGACAGCUCUGGAACGGCGACUUUGAAUACCUGGGCCGGUCCGACGAUCAGGUCAAGAUCAACGGGAUCCGCAUUGAGCUUCUGGAGAUUAAUGCAGCCGUCAAGGGUGCGCAUGGCGAUAUCAGGGAUAGCGAGACGCUCGCCAUGCCUCGGCUUGGGCAGUCGCACGACGACAACGACGGCAUGCUCCAGAUCGUCAGCUUCUCUGUUCUGCCGAGAGAAGCGAGUGGAGGGAGCGGUUCGCUCCUUCGCCUCGACGACGAGGCGGCCGCCGUGGCCGGUCAGCUCCAGCGUGUGGCGUCGCAAUCGCUGCCUUCGUACAUGGUACCCUCGCUCUUUGUCAUUCUCGACCACUUUCCCAGGACAUCGAGUGCAAAGAUCGAUCGUGAGAGCCUCAAGCGUGCCUUGGCAUCGCUCGAUGUCCUGGAUUGGCAGAAUCGCGUUGCCCGCCCAGAUGACGUCGACGAGAGCAACGGCAGCGGACAUGAGCACAGGGAAGCCACGCCCGAGGAAGAGGCCAUCCGGGACUGCCUCGCGGCUAUCUGUGGCCUGUCCGCGGUCAAGGUCGGCCUACAUACGCCCUUUGCCAGCAUCGGCCUCGACUCGAUCCGUGCCAUUGCGCUUUCGCAUGAGCUCUCUCGUCGCAAUCUGCCCACAUCCGUGGUGGACAUCGUUCAAUUCCCAACGGUCACGAAGCUGGCUCGCCGUCGUCACGAGUCCGCCUCGUCGUCGGACGAGAGGGUGAGGCGGGUCAAGGAUGAGCUUAGUCGCUUCGAUCGCAUCGUGAGACCGGCCAUUGCGGCGCAGCUCCCGGGUCUCUAUGGGGCAGAAGUGGAGCGCUGCUUGCCCGUCACAUCGCUCCAAGAGGGCAUGCUGGCAGAGACGAUGAGGCACCACUCGCGCUACUGGCUCCAGAGGGCCUUCACGCUGCCCAAGGACACCGACCUCGAUCGUCUGGAGCACGCUGUGAGAAGCUGUGCGCAGUCGGUCGAGGUGUUCAGAAGCACGUUCCUCGAGACAAGCCGUUUGGAGGGCAUCGAUGCAGAGGUGACGUUCUGUCAGGUCGUCUUGCAAGCGCAAGAGUCUCGCAUAGAGAGACAUCAAGCCCCGGCAGAUUCAUCGCCUUCCGACCUUGUAAGCGGACUUGCAAGCAGUGUCUACGGUGCCGGUCCUGUCCAAUCACGCCCUCCUGUCGCCUUCUUUCUGAUCGAAAACUCGCACGCCGCCCCACUUCUACUGCUCGUCAUGCACCAUGCACUGUACGACCAGACGUCGUUGACAAUGUUGCAGAGGCAAAUCGAGGCAUCGUAUGCUGGUCGGACCAUCGCUCCUUCGGCGCCAUUCUCACGCGCGCUUCAACACCUGUACUCAUUGGAUGGCGAAGCGGGGGAGAAGAGCUGGUCCGAUCUGCUAAAAGAGUGCAAGGGUUCACAGCUUGGGUCAUUCCCACAGCUGCAAAACGGUAAUCGCUCGCAAGCCACGUCUAUCUAUACUCGUUCGGCCUCUCUGUCGUGGAGCGACCUCUCUGAGGCUGCCAAGAAGCUCGACUGCUCCGCUAGACCCCUUCUCCAGGUUGCCUGGGGAACCGUUGUGAGCGCAUACAGCGACUGCGAUGCCGUGCUGAUCGGCGAUUCCAUCUCGACCCGUGGCAUAUCCUCGGACCUCAACGACGUCUUUGGCCCAGUCCUGUCCACGCUCCCAAUCCCAUUUCGUCUGUCUGCCUCGGGCGCAACUCGCUUUCGCGAUGUAGUUGCCAAGAUUGACGAGGUCCAUCGGAGAGGGCUGGCGAUGCACGAUGUCUCGCUAAAGCAGAUUCGCAGACUGCUCGAGGUGCCACACGAUCAGCCUCUAUUCUCGUCCGUAUUCGUCUUUGAGCCUGUCGAGGCGGCUAAAGCGAAUGGCGAGGAAAAAGGAUUUGAGCUGGAGCACCUGGGUGAUUUUGGCGUGUCUGUCGAGCAUGACGUCGCAAUCGAGGUCAAGGUUGGCUCACAUGGCCAAGUCGACCUGGCCUUGACUGUGCGCGAUGCAGUCGUCAACGAGGGCUUUGCCCGUCUGAUUCUAGCCCAGUUCGACUCGAUACUCCGGACUGCCGUCGCAAACCCCGACGUCGAUCUGAGUUCGCCUUCUUCUCUUGUGGACGAGGAGCAGCAACUCUGCGCCGUUUCGGAGCUCGUUCUGCCACAGAGUAUUGUCGACGCCCACAGGACGCCCGUUACAAAGGCGCUGGAAACAUGGGCGUCAAAGGCGCCCACGGCGAGGGCUCUGCACUUCUAUAAAGACCUCGAUGAUCUACGCACAACUUCUUUGACGUACGAGGACCUUGAUCGCAGCUCGUCGGCGCUAGCCCAUCACCUCGGCACAACGCUCCCAUCGCGAUGUGCUGUCGCAGUGUCCUUGGCCCGGUCCACGCACACAUAUCAAGUCCUUUUGGGUAUCUUGAAGGCUGGACUCGUCUAUCUUCCCAUCGACGAGAGCCUACCGAAGGAGAGGAAAAGAGAGCUGAUCAUAGAUAGUGGGGCCAAAGGCAUCAUUUGCGAGGAUGAAAGCUACUUUGACGAGCUUGAUGGUGUCACGCUUAUCACGUCUCUCGAUUGGAUCGACGGCGAGACACGACAAGCACAACAGGAGCUACCGGUGAUCAAGGCAGAUGACCGAGCCUACAUCCUCUACACGUCUGGCUCGACGGGACGGCCAAAGGGCUGCGUCUUGACCCACGCCAAUCUGUCCGUUGCCAUCGAAAGCUUUCGACUGAUGUUCGAUCGAGAGGCACCUGGCACCCUGAACGAACGCGCACGGUUUUUGGCCAGAUCCGUCGAGGCAUUCGACGUGGCUCUCUUGGAGGCCCUCUUGCCGCUCCAAGUCGGUGCAACAAUCGUCACGGCGCCACGACGAGUGAUUUUGGAAGACCUCGAGAGGGCCAUGGCCAAGAUGAGCGUCACCCACGCUGCCGUCGUUCCCUCGCUCUUCUAUAGUCGAAGCAAGGGAAGGCGCAUUGAGCCAAGGGACUUGCCGGACCUCAAGGCGCUCAUCGUUGGCGGUGAGCGUGUGUCGAGGGACAUUGUCGAUGCGUGGGCCGGCGCAGGCGUGCCCUUGAUCAAUGCCUAUGGACCCACCGAGGCGUGCAUUGGAAUCUCGACGGCGCGGCUGCAGCGCGGCGACUCGACUGGCAGGAUCGGACAGGCGUUCCCAGGCAGCCAGUAUCUCGUCGUGCGACGUGACUCUUCCACCGGCAAAUUGAUCCCUGCGCUGAGGGGCCAGGCAGGCGAGCUGUGCAUCGCUGGUCUUCAGGUCGGUAGCUAUCUAUCGGGGGGCGACGACGCCUUUACAGAGUACAAGGGCAUGCGCAUCUACCGCACGGGCGACGAGGCAAGGAUGGGGGCUACGGGAGACGAUGAGGUCGAGUACCUGGGAAGGAUCGUCAAGGAGGGCCAGGUCAAGGUACGAGGGGCCCGAGUCGAGCUGAGCGAGGUGGACUCGAAUCUGGCAACACCUGGGAUACACGUCAGCACCCAGCUGCUCGACCAUGUGCAGUUGUCUGGCCAGCCGAGACUGGUGUCGUUCAUCGCACGACAAGUCUCACAGGACACCGGAGAGGUCAAAUUGGACCUUGCGAGCACCAAAUCGGCACAAGAGGCUCUCAGCAGGGCGCGCAAAAGCUUGCCGACAUACAUGGUCCCUGCACUGAUCAUUCCCGUCGAGGCCCUGCCACUCGCUUCUAUCUCUGGAAAGGUCGAUCUGCGAAAGUUGGCUGCGUGGUACAGGAGCGAGCCUCUCGACGCUUUUUCCUCGCUCCAAGAGGCCGGCACGGAGCGAGAGCUGACAGCGAAAGAGACAAUGGUGGCAGAGGAAGUCAAGAGGCUGCUUCCGAAUGUUGAGACCCAGGUGAAUCCCUCUACGGACCUCUUUGGCUUGGGUCUCGACAGCCUUUCAGUCAUUUCACUGGCGGCGAGCGUGAGACGACGGACAGGAUUCGAGUUGGAUAUUGGUGCCAUCAUGGCGGAGCCGACUGUCGAGGCUGUCGCCCGAGCCAUGUCCUCCACAAAAGUGAACGGGCUGACAAAGUCCUCUGUUUGGUUGGACGGCGAUAUCAGCAGCAGAAGGAAUGCGCUUCUGAAGGAAGCGAGAGCGAGGCUACAAGGGGCGGACGUGGUCGAUGCCUACCCCUGUCUACCGUUGCAGGCUUCCAUGGUUGCUCAGACGCUGUCGGCGUCUGUCGAGGAGCCAAUGCGGUACAUCAACAAAGCCAGCUUCAGGAUCGGCUCGCCUUCGGCGUUCGAUCUCGCGAAGCUUCGAGCAGCAAUCGAUGAAACGCUCAACGCCCAUGACAUCUUUCGGACUGUCUUCCUGCUCAGCGACGAAGACGGCGAGCCUCUUCAAGCCGUUCUUCAAGCCCCUGUUGACUACUAUUGCGACAGUAUCGAAAGAGGACUCGAGGAAGUGCGCUCCGAGUUCUUAACGAGGCCUCCCCUUCGCUAUUCCAUUCGCGAUGGUGGGACGGUGCUAGACAUCGCAAUUCAUCACGGGCUGUAUGACGGGGCGAGUCUGGCCCUGAUGCUCGAGGAAGUCGAGGCGCGCUAUCUCAAUCGCCCACGCUUGCAUCAAGAGACGCCGUCCUUCAGCUCGAUCGUGUGGCAGAACACCGGCGAGGAGGCCCAAGAGCAGAAGCUCUCAUUCUGGAAGGGUCAUCUGCAAGGCUUUAGUGCGACACCCUUUCCCUGCUUGACGGGACAAAGGCCUCCUUCUGAGCAGGAAUAUAACCGAAGACGUGGCGCAACACGAGAGACGAGCGAGAUCACGACAGGCGCAACGUUGAGACAGUUGACGGAGCGCGCGCGGGCCGGAAGGGUGACGCUGCAGGUCUUGUGCCUGAGUGCCUUUGCAAAUGUGUUUGCGAGGUACGUCGGCGCGGGCCAGGGCGACGAGGCGGAAGACUUCACAUUUGGACUCGUUCUGAGUGGCAGAACUUCGUUGGUCGAAAAUGUCGACAAGGUGCAAGGUCCCUGCGUCAACACGGUGCCAUUUUGUGUUCGCGCGGGCGGGGAGUCGAUACAGCAGACCUAUGCGGCCGUCGUCGGUCACCAGCAUGUUUCUCUGCCGUCCAUCAUGCGGGAGCUGGGUCACCGGCAACAGCUCUUUAACACUCUGUUUUCCUACAACCCUCCGAGCCCCACGCUACAGCUGCUACACGAGGUCUCAUCGGAUCUCGAGACGGAGUAUCCACUCGCCGUCGAGGUUCAGCCGGACGAAAAGGGAGACACAAUCGUGCUGAGGGCUGUUUAUGAUCCGCGCUUUGUGCCAGAGGCUCACGCAGAGCUGCUGCUGAGGCAGAUCAACUGGGUGCUCUGUGGAUCUGGCGAAUCGUCUCAAGCGGCUGCCGAAGUCUUUGCCAGUGGCGAUACACUGUGGUCGGUAGAAAAUGCCAACCCCUACGAACCGACUGCCCAGGACCACUUUUUGGCUCGGUUCAGAAGGAACGUCGACACGCGGCCCGAGGCAACGGCUUUUGUUUUCGCGGACAGUCUCGAGCAGAAGCCGAGAGCUUGGUCGUAUGCUGAGCUGGAUGCCAUGAGCGACGGAAUGGCAAGGGCGCUCGCCGCCGCAGUGGCCACGGGACAGAGAGGAGAGCCAGUCAUUGGUGUGCACCUGCCCCAAUGUCCAGACCUUUAUGAUCUCAUUCUAGCCAUUUGGAAGAGUGGCAUGGCGUACCUGCCCUUUGACCCUGCCUUGCCGGAGGAGAGGUUUUCCUUCAUGGCAGGGCUCGUACGGCCAAGGCUAAUCGUGACGACGGAACAGGGAAGAAUCUUGGCGAGCAAGUAUGGCCAAGCGAUCCUUGUUGAAGAGCUCGCUCACGGGACCAAAGUGAGGGAGAAUGGGUCGGCACCACCUACAACACUGCUGGAGUCGCCAGCUUACAUCAUGUUCACCUCGGGCUCGACGGGCCAGCCAAAGGGCGUCAAAGUGUCGCACCGAGCGUUGGCCGGCGCGAUUUCGUCUUGGGAGAGAAUUCUGCCACACACACCGGGCAGCUCUCGGCUGCUUCAGCUCGCUUCGCCCGCCUUUGAUGUCUUUCUCAUCGAAGUCUGCAUGCCCCUCGCGCUUGGCUUUUCCUUUGGCUCCGCUCCCAAGAUGGUGCUGCUCAAUGACGCCGAGGCCGCCUUUCGACACUUGCAGUUGACCAUGGCCGACCUACCGGCGGCGCUGGCCACGCUGGUGCACCCUGAAAACGUCGGAGCCGACUUCGAAUGGCUCAUGAGUGGAGGGGACCAGAUCGAUGCGAGGGUUCUCGACAAUUGGGGCCCUCGGGGUCUCGUCAAUGCGUGGGGUCCCACCGAGACGACGAUCGGAAAUACGCUCGGGUUCGUCACGGCCAGGUCCAGCCGUGCCAAUGUCGGAAAGGCGUAUGCAGCAAGUACGAUGCUCGUUGUCGAUUCUGUCCAGCCUUCGAGAGUCCUGCUACGUGGUGCGGUGGGUGAGCUGGCCGUCGCCGGCCCACAGCUGGCCGAGGGCUACGUUGGCCGCGACGAUCUCACGCGUGAGCGGUUCCUGGUCGUAACGAAAGACGGCAAGCGCCUCUACCGUACAGGCGAUCGUGGACGGAUCUUGGCCGACGGCACCGUCGAGUGUCUUGGACGAACCGAGUCGGGCCAGGUCAAGAUCAACUCGCAGAGGGUCGAGCUUGAAGAAAUUUCCACCGUCCUGAGAGGGGCCGACUCGGCGAUCAAGGAUGCCGCCACGCUCUAUACACGGCAUGCGACGAUGCAUUCCAAGCAGCUCGUGGCCUUUGUUGUCUUGGCAUCUGAUCAAGAUGGCGGCGAGGUGGUGCGAGGCGAUGAGGAGGCACAGAGGGCGGCAGAGGCGUGUCAAGAGGCCGCUCGCAAGCUGUUGGCACAUUACAUGGUUCCACAACACGUCUUUGUCCUCCGAGGAACCUCAUUGCCUCUCACGCCCAACAACAAGGUAGACCGGAAGAAGCUCGAGCAGAUCUACCAAGCUCUGUCAAUUGGAAAGCUUGUGCCCAAUCGUCCUGCAGACAACGAGGCAGACGAAGAAUGGACACCGCUGGAGAAGCAGCUGCGGGAACUGGUCGCGAGGGCUUGCAAGGUCUCGAAGGACGAUGUCGGCCGGACAACCUCGUUAUACCGGCUUGGUAUCGACAGCAUCUCGAGUCUCGGGCUGGUUCAGCUCAUGAGGAAGCGUGGGCUCAGAACCGUGGCGGUCAGAGAUGUCUUGAAGGCUCCCUCGAUUGCCUCACUGGCUUCGCUAGUUCAGCAGGCGCCCAUCGAUGAGACGGCAGACGUCGAGCGCGAGGCAGAGUUGAUCGAAGAAGCGCUUCGAGCACAAGUCGAUGUUGAGCUAUGGAAGCUGGGCGAUGCAGACGAGAUUGAAAGUGUCCUGCCAUGCACCCCUUUGCAGCAGGGGAUGCUCCUCGAAAGCCUUGCCAGUGAGGGAGGCCUCUACGUCCACCGCCAUGCCUUCAACGUGGCUGCACAGCACCUGGAAGGUGUUGUGGAGGCAUUCCGACAGCAAGCUGCGCGCUGCGAUGUUCUGAGGACCACCUUUCAUCUCACCGAGAGUAGCGGCUUUCUCCAAGUGGUGCAUUCCUGUCCUCAAGUCUCGAUCGUCCAAGGUGAAGGAAGAGCAGCUGCCUUCACGACGGAAGAGGACCUCGUCAGGCCACCUUGGCAGCUGGCCAUCGUUCCAAUGGGAGAUCAUGCUGGCCUCACGCUCACGAUUCAUCACGCGCUCUACGACGGCGAAGGCCUCGACAUGCUGCUCUCCGACAUCGAGAGACGCGUCGCUGGUCUCGAAGUCCCCAGCAGAAGGCCAUUUUCAUCGCUGGUGCCCCUCUUGCUGUCGAAGAAGGAUGAUGUCUCCUUCCACAUCGACCGACUUCGUGACUUCGCUCCCUCUGUGAUUGGACAGAGAUCAGAACGAAGACCUGCUCGAUUUGGUGGACGGGCGAUCAAAUCGGGUCACAAGAUCAAGGCACGGGCGAAGCAAGCCGGCUGCACGGUGCAGGUGUGUGCCUUGGCUGCCUUUGCCAGGCUCCUCUCCGCCAAGCUCGAGUCGAGAAAGGUUGUUUUUGGUCAUCUCGUCGGUCUGCGGGACGCUUUUUCAGGUGGAGCGGCGGCAAACGUCAUCGGGCCAGCGCUCAAUACGGUGCUUGUUCCUGUGGAUCUCGACCAGGCUGAGCUCCUUACGCGCUUGCAGAGGGAGCUCGAUGACGGGCGCACACAUCGAGCGGCGUCGUUGGGCGAUGUUCUGAGGGAGACCAAGAUGGAGUUUGACACGCUGGUCGACUUCCGAAAGGCUCGCAGUCUGGCAGAGACCACGAAGAUCAUAAUACCCACCGACAGCGAGGAGGCCGGCGGGCUGUCAACGACACAGUAUGCUUUCAACGUCGAAUUCAUCGAGUGCAACGACGGAAGGCUCGAGAUUGAGGCCACUGCGGAUCGCGCACUUUUCUCGGAAGAAGAGCUGUCGAGGUGGCUGGAAGAGCUCGAGGGGAUACUCGUCGAUGAAGACGAGAGGCGCCUGACUCCAUUCCAGACAGCAAGUGUCAGGACAAACGGACAAGAAGCAGUCUCUGGAACGAAAACGCAGAGUCAUGAGGCGCCGGGGCAGGAAGGGAAUGUCUUGCGAUCUAUCGUGGCGAGCAUGGCCAAGGUCGACGAUCCCGAUAUGAUCGAUGCUGAGGCCACCUUUGCUUCACUCGGCUUGGAUUCUAUUGCCGCGAUUUCUCUCGCCUCGAAAGCUCGAAGGGCUGGCAUUAGGAAUUUGGCGGUCGCAGACAUUCUGCAAGGUGGCACCAUCACCGCAGCUCUGGCGAGGCGCGACCGCAGGUCUACUGCUCCGAAGCACACUGCUGAGAAGCACACCGGAAAGGUUGCCAGACCAAGUCUUAGUGACGUGGCCCACACCUCGGGAAUCGCGCAGGAGUACAUCGACGAGGUGCUUCCCGUGCUUCCUGGUCAGGUCUAUCAUCUGGCCGGCUAUCUGCGCUCGCGAGGUCGGUAUGGUGUCUUUUCGUUUGCCUAUCGAGUCACGAAAAGUCUCGCCAUUGACGAGAAGCAAGCUCGAGAGGCUUGGGAGGCGCUUCUCAAGCAGCAUGCCAUUCUCAGAACGGUCUUUGUCCAACAUGGAGGUCACGUCUGCCAGGUCGUGUUGUCACAGGCGAGCGGUCACACAUUCUUGCCCUUUGACGAGGAAGGGUCAGAUCUCGAGGGCGCUCUUCAGCGGUGGGCGGCCGCCUCGCUCAAUUCAAUCGGAGAGGACCCUAGCUUGCCGCCUGUCCGGUGCGCUGUCGGUGCUUGCGGCGGGGACAGCUAUGUCCUCCUGACGAUGCACCAUGCGCUCUACGACGCAUGGUCUCUCCAGAUGAUUGCCGAUGACUGUGGUACCCUGCUUUCGUCUCGACCGGUCCGGCGUGCCUCGACUUCCUUUCCAGAUGUGGUCGAGCAAAUUUCCGCUCAGAGCCGCGAGAGAGAAGAGGAGACCAGAGCGUACUGGAUCGAGACGCUCAAGGAGAUCAAGCCAACAGUCUUCGGGAAUUCUUCAGCGCCGCAAGGAGGAGAGACACAUGUUUCUGGCCGCUUGGGCGGGACUCGCUGA